GCUGCUCCUGAUUGUAUCCCCCUCUUAGAGACGGCUGACCUCCGCAGUGUCUCAGGUCUAACUUCAUUUCCAAGAGCUGCUUUGAACUCCACAGGUGGGGGGGGAGGCAGCCCCCCCAUCCCAUCUUGCCUUGUGCAGCUGCUCUGCAAUCCCGGGAGAAAGACACGGCUGCUUUAAAGCAUCGCAGCUGGGUGAGCCGGCCUUGGGCUCGGAGACACCGCUUGGAGGCCCCCUCCGAAGGGCUGCGCUGCUUCCGUCAGGAAUGCCUAGCCAACGGAAGGCGCACGGGGAAACCGUUGCAGGUUGUGCCUCUCCUCCCUACCUCUGUGACGCCACAGACCCUCUUGGAAGCAUCAAACGCAUCCAAAAGGCCAACCCAAUACAGGGGGUCCCCAACCUUGGCGACCGUUUGAAGUUACAAGGCCGUCCCAAAGGACACUUGUGACUGUUUUCACGCUCACGAGCGUUGCAGCAUCCCCAGGAUAUUCUGAUUAAAAUCUAAACGCUUGGCAAACCGACUCGUACUUAUGACGGUUGCCAUGUCCCGCGGGUCCUUCUGACCAGCAACGUCAAGGAGGGGGGGGGGUGAAGUCAGGUUCACUUAACCACCGGUUACUAACUUAACCCCUGCAGUCAUUCGCAUUCACAAUUCUGGCAAGAAAGGGGUAGGAUGGGGCCACAUUCGCUUAACAAAUGUCUUGCUUAGCGGUGGAAAUUUUGGACUCGUAAGCCGAGGAACACCUGUAGCUAGAAAGUCCUCCUUGAUUCCUGUGAUUCUGACAAAUAAAACGCCAGCUACCUCCGUUUCAUAGGCUCCCUCCUGUAGGGAAAGCUAGGAAUCGUUAAGCCGCUGUGCUUCUGGUCUGGCACGGAAAGCUGCAGUUUCUCCCCUUCUCCUCUUGGGAGAUCUCAGCCCUCUAUUUUUUUCCCCCGCUUACACCUUGCUGCAAAUGUUUGCAUUUUGGAAAACUCCGCCUUAAAGCCACGGCAGCUACACCCAGAAGCAAGCCAGCUGCGUGGAAGUGUUACUAAGGGGUUAUGCUACUGGCGCGCCGAGGUUUGACCUGCCAAAAUCCUCUUCUCCACAGGAAACACGGAAUCCCAUUUUUACUGGAAAGAAACGGGGUCCCUCGACUAUUUAUCUCCCCAAGAACCCAACUCUAGAUAGGUCCUCUUGUCUGUCGCAAUUUGCAGGCAAAGCGUGGCUUUGUGUCCUGAAUAACACCCAACCCCUUACAAUCCUGUUUCUCAGGCUAUUUGAAAGCAAAUUCCACCCUAGCAGCGCCACGUAAAAUCCACGCUUCUUGCCGAGGGUUUCAAAGCGGAACUGCCGGGUUUUCAAUAUUUUAACUGCUGCCUUUUUUGUCUCCAAAGAUGCCCAGCCAACAAUGAGGAUGCAAAGCUCUGGAAAAACGAGUCGGCUGUCUUAAAACGGAACGGGGUUCCCAUUUUUUUCUUUCUUUCAAAGAAGGGUUAUGAAUCCCUUAAAAAGGUAUCUCGUUGCACAAAAAAAGGGAAUGAAAUAAAGGCGUGCUCUUUUGUUUCAUCCAUCUCUCCCCCCCUCCCCAAAUCUGGCUUCCCCACGCGGGCAUUCACUUUCUGACUUUCUCCCUUAAUAAUGUCAAUUCUGGGGACUUCCAAGAGGCAAGGAAAGACACUUUUUUUUCUCUCCCUCCGCCCCCCCUCUCCUCUGCAACCAUCCUCUUACCCUCACACGGUUAAAUGCAAAUUCAGCUUCCCAGACCUGCUCCUAGGAACACGCAGCACACACAGUUCCUACGCCACCUACUGCAAAGCUGAGCUGACAAGCUCAUGCAAGACUCAGGGCACUUCUUACCGACUAGCCUGCUUCCCGGGCUGAAUCGAGGGGUUUUCGGAAGGAAAUCUCCUGCCUGCCCGAAGCAGAAAAGAGGAGCAAGGCAAGGCGGCCGGGAGGGUGACCCUAGGAGCAUCCUUCGGAGCAUCCCGCGCCAACGAGCCCACCACCGGCUGUGUGAAAUGGAGAACGGGAAGAAAGGCAGCAGCCAGUCGGAAGGCAGCGACCAAGACAAGAACCAUAACAUGUCUCCAGUGACUCUCAACGUGGGGGGCUACCUCUACGUGACCCAGAGGCAAACUCUCACCAGAUACACGGACUCCUUGCUGGAAAGAGUGGUGAACGGGAAGACGCUCUGCCCGUCGGACGCAGAGGGCCAUUUUUUCAUCGACAGAGACGGUCUCCUCUUCAGACACGUCCUGAACUUCCUAAGGAACGGGGAGCUGCUUCUCCCCGAGGGCUUCAAGGAGAGCCAACUUCUGGCCCAGGAGGCGGAAUUUUUCCAGCUUCACCUCUUGACGGAGGCAGUGAAAUCCAGGUGGGAGAAGGAGCAGCUGGCCUCCCGGGAAGCUACCUUCUUGGAGAUCACCGACAGCCACGACCGUGCCCAGGGCCUGCGGAUUUUUUGCAACGCGCCCGACUUCAUCGCCAAAAUCAAAUCCCGCAUCGUUCUGGUCUCGAAAAGCCGGCUGGACGGUUUCCCCGAAGAGUUCUCCGUCUCUUCCAACAUCAUUCAGUUUAAGUACUUCAUCAAAUCGGAAAACGGGACCCGGCUGGUGUUGAAGGAAGACAACACCUUCGUGUGCACCUUGGAGACGCUCAAGUUUGAGGCCAUCAUGAUGGCCCUCAAGUGCGGCUUCCGGCUGCUGACCAGCCUGGAUUGUUCGAAAGGAUCCAUCGUCCACAGCGACGCGCUUCACUUCAUCAAGUAAUGAACUUGGGGGCCCAAGGCCACAAAAGCAUGCAGCCGGUCGGUCUCAUCAAACUUCCAACCGUCGGCCGACGGUUUAUCCGGCUCGGCUAAUCCCACAGCCCUGCGGCUCAUGAAUUCACGAGAACUCGUGGUAUGUAACAUUGGUAAAAGCCCACCUGCCAGUUCGUUGUGUCCGUCUGAAUAACAACCACCGUAAUAAAAGCAAAAGAAAAAAAAAGGGGGUGUUUGUGAGAUGUGAUCAAAACCAAAGGGAGCGCUGAAGUGUUUGCUCGCUUCUGCUUUUCUCACGCUGAGCCCGGGGACGAACGAACAGGCUGGUCUGCAUUUCAGCACGGACAGAAUGCGUUGCUUCACCCUCCGCUCCAGAAUGAUAAAAAUGCUCUUCUCGUUCUGGCUGUUAUUUAUCUUUCUAGGCUGAUCCUGGUUCCAGUGGGAAAACAGUUUGUCUCUCGGUUGGUUGAUCUUUAAAUACGCAGCGCGGUUGCAGGAAUUGGGGAUGUUUAGUUUAAUGGAAAGAAGGACCAGGGGGUGACCUG